AUGCUGGAAACACUGUUUUUCAAUCCAUUAGUGCUCUUGAAGGUUAAAAUGUCAACUAGCCCAAGACUACUCGUACGUAAAAAUCUCAAAGGAAAAAAAGAAUCACAUGUGAUUAUUGGUUCACCUACAGUAUCAACAAAUAUAUCAUCUCGAGCGCCAUUACUUACAGGUUAUGAUUAUCAAGUACCACGUACAGCUCAUUCACUAGCUCCACAAUCCAAAUGGAUUAUAGUUCGUAAUAAUCUGCAUCAAAUUCCAAAUUGGAACGCUGUUGAACGUAUUUCAGUUGUUGAUAGACCAUUUCAAAAUUGGUAUGUUGCUUUUAAAGUGAGACAUGAAUUAAAGCGUGUUCAAGAAAAAAUUUGUGCUAUUCAAUAUCGUCUAAAUUUUAAAUCUGUUCAUUAUUUUUAUUUACCUACUGAUGAAAUAGGUGUACGACGUUAUAAUGUUUCACAUGUUCAACCAACGGAUGGUAUUUACUAUGCUGGUCUUGGUUCUGAGCCAAUUAAUUUACAAUGUUUACUUUAUUAUUUUAGUAAAGAAUGUAUUGUUCCAUAUAAUAGUUUGUUUUAUCCAUUUUUAUGUGAUGUUAAUUCAGUAUUAGAUACAAAUCGAAAACGUAUACAGCGAGUUGUUGUCUUUCGAAAAGUUUCAUUAAUUAUGACAAUAGCUAUUUUUACUAUUAUAUUAAUGAUGUUUUUUUCAUUGAUAUUAAGUGUAUUAACAACAACAUCACAUUUAAGACAAAUGUAUAAAAAUGGUCUCAGUGAUGAUAUGACAUGA